AAAAAAUACUUUCACGCUGUCAAACCUUGUACUACUUAGUACAUACAACCAAAAUGUUCAACAAGGCCCUCACUCCAUCUGCAUUGUCCUUGUGGCAUUUAUUUGCAAUCGCUGUGCUCUUAUUUACUGCGUCGCCAAUGAAAGCGGCAAACAUACCAUUGACAGAGGACUUAGCUAAUGCCGUGAAUCCGAAAAACAAUUUACCGGCAGACCAACGCAGUGUGCGGGGUGAUGUUUUGCUGCGAGGACAAGCAGUAAUUGAUAUGGUACCCAUGGCAGAUCGCACCGCUUUUAUUCGCUAUGAACUGUCUAAGGCUAUGCAACGUUCUAAUUUUACAGCUAACAAUAGCACUGGCCGCGCAAUCAAUCCACGCUUCUUUCUGGAUCCCAACAUUUUACUGAGUCCCACCCAAUUGGUGAUAUUCGAGAAUAUUCCGACAUACCCUGAAUUCGCGAAUGAUUUGCUCUUUUGGUUGCGUGAUCGUUUGGAGGUCGCUGAAGAUGACAUAUAUGGGCUGCUCAGUGCACGUACCAUCUUACUAUGCACGGCUAAUGGCAUUUGUAUCCCGGACGAUAAAAUUGGUGACCUCUGCUGUCCUUUCUAA